GUGUGUGUGUGUGUGUGUGUCGUAGCGAAGCUUCGUUUGGGAUGGUCACGUGAUUUUUGCCGUGGUCAAGCGAUACUUUUGCUUUGAAAGAUCUUUUGCACCUUCCAAAAAUAGUGAGAAUCACAGGGCUGCCUAGUACGGUGUCGGUACUGAGAGCUGAGGCGAGAGCGGACGGUGCUGGUGGACGGUGCAAACCUCCAAACGUCCCGGAACUGCAUUUCAAACGGCGGCCCUCGGCAACAUGUCUAUCCGUCCUGCGGUGCGCUGUGGCCGGCGGCGCGGCUCCCCGGCACAGCAGCAGUCCCGGGAAAAGAGUUCUAACAAGAAGAAAGAAAAGGGCAAAACGGGAUCCCUGAGCUGCCAGACAGCCGCCUCGCCUCUAGAGCAAGCAGGAGGAGACGGUAAAGAGGAGAUCGAGUGAGAGAGUCGGUGUGUUGUGCUUAUUCGUCUCUUGUCUCAUAAUCAGUAAAUUCAUCAAAUUCAGUGCCCCAUAUCGCUAUUUUCCAAACUACACAUAAUACAGCCUCCAUGCUUGAGUCAAACUGUUAACUUAUAGUCCUUCAUAAUUAACGUUCCCCAUAGCUUGACACCAGACACCCACUCAACAUACAGUUGGGAAAAAGCAGGUUAGCGGCGCGAGCAAGGACCCCUGGCCAAUCAUAGCGCUUGAAUGCUACGCAGGGCGUGUCUUGCCAAGAAAAGCAGUGGGAUCCAACGCGGGAGUUCCCUUCGGUGGAGUCGGACAUAGAAGGGAAAGGCUUUUACAGGCGGAAUGAAGGUGUGCAGUCUGUCAGAGUGUGAGUAGGAGGGCAGCAGCAUGGCUGCAGCAUUCCUUGAUGGUAAAGGUGCGCACUCUGUCCUGAAGCGUUUCCCUCGAGCCAAUGGCUUCCUGGAGGAGUUAAAACAAGGGAACAUUGAGAGGGAGUGUGGUGAGGAGAGCUGCAGCUUCGAAGAAGCCAAUGAAGUGUUUGAGAACAAAGAGAGAACGAUGGAGUUUUGGAAAACUCGCAGUGUCUACACAGUGAGCAGCAACAACGAGGGGCACUCUGAGCGUGCCGACACCGUCUACAUGAUGGUUCCCCUGCUGGGGGUGGCCUUGCUCAUUAUCAUUGGCCUCUUUCUCCUUUGGAGGUGUCAGCUUCAGAAGGCCACACGUCGACGGCCAGCCUACACCCAGAACCGCUACUUGGCCAACAACCGCAGCACCCGGAGCCUACCACGCAUUCUGGUUCACCGGGAAAUGGCUGCACACACCGAGAGCUUGCACCAGGAGUCUAGCUCACAUCCCACUGUGGUAGUGAGUGGUGCUGAAAGAGGGGGAGGUUCCCAGUUAGACUCCCAUGGCCUUCACCAGCAGAACACUCGUGCUCUCUAUGUUCAGGAUUCAUCCCUGUCAGUGGCUUCACGGCUGUCCGGUGCCACGCCGCCUCCAUCAUAUGAAGAGGUGACAGGACACCUGGAAAGCAGUGGUGAUGAGACCUCAGCUCCUACAUACAGUGACCCUCCACCCAAAUAUGAGGAGAUCAUAACGGAGAAAUGAAACAAAUAUCAUGUUGCCAUGGCAGUUGUUCCCCCACUGUGUCUGAAGGAGCUGGCAGUUUCUGCCUGACUUGGUGCUGCUGGGUGCUAGCUGCUUAAACCCACAUUGUUUCUCCACCCCUUUUUCUGCACUGUAUAAUACCUUUGUUUCACUCAUAGCUGCAACCUAAAGCCAGGUGCCAGGAGUAUUGUUCAUACAUAGUUUACCCUUAACACCUUUUUAGAUACUUCAUUUCUUUGGUUUUUAUUUUGUUUUGGUCAGCUCUGGAUGGCAGACAUUGUCCCUAGUGCAGCCACAGUGGGGGGACAAAAUGUACAUCAAAGUACAUGGAGAGGACUGGGCAAGCAGGACACCUACUAAUCUGUCUCUGGCCCUUGUAGCAGCUAGAAAAGCAGCCAGCAUGGCACUGUGAGUUUGGAGCGCCAUGCUGCAGCUGGGCUGGACAGUCAGUGUGACUGGCUGGCACUUUAUUAUUUUUUAUCCAUCAGUUUAUUCACUGCUCUCUGAAUGUGGUGCUUAUACUGUGAUUAUAGUGCUGUGCAUAUAGUAUGACUCUUUAAACUGUACAUACAUCGUUGAUAGUGGAUGUAUUGGGACUCUAAGCCAAAGUUGUCAUUUACGUGGAUGUUCUCUUGGUUUUAUCGGUGUUUUAGACAGUUUAUAAGUUUGGUUUUCACAGAUCAAUGUUUAAGUGAGAUAAAAAAAGAGCAUCUCUAAAGGAAAGACCAGUCCAAUCAAUAGCCAGUAAGGCUCAAACUCAUCUUCUAAUACUAAAUCUGUAUUCCACUUUACGUUUUCAACUGCAAACAAGGCUAAGCUCACUUCACUUUUGUAAUACUUGUGCUAUUGACUGUAUCUCAAUUGUUGCAAGGUUUUGACCUCUGUACACCAGCUGUUGUUCACUUGCUGUGUGAGCAAAUCCCUGAAUUUGUCCUUCUUUUUCACAUGCUCACGGUUUAGUGUUUGCAAGCUCCUCCAGCCAGACAGAUUCCUCUCUUGUGCUGUGUGGAUGGUUUCGUUCUCAUGAGCCUCAGACAGGACAGCCUGAAACUAUAUUUUAUCAUUGAAAAAAAUCUUUGGGAAAAAAGGGAUGUCUGCCAUGGUCAUCGCCAUGGUGAUGACAGAGAGGAAAGAAAAACAAUGUGGAGCCAAGUACUGCACUCUGUUUAGUGCUUCGGGUACAAACGUGUAUAGACUGUUUCUCAUGAGGUCACCAUGUUCUUAAUAAUAAUUACCUCUGUGCUAUGCCAUACAGAGGCAUGUUUACUUGUUGCCAAAUGUCUGCUACCUUACUAUGAUCACCAGUCUUGCCAUCAACCUGUGGACCAAACUUAUAUCUACUCUGUACAGGCCUUUUUCCUGCUGUGGUUUAUGGCUGUAGCUUAGUAUUAAUAAGUUACAACCAGGGAUAUUUUUCUAGCCAAACUUCCCAAUUCCUGUGCAUUUGUGAGUCUGGGUAUAUACAUCUAAUUCUUAAAUUAUUAGUCAAUAGAUAGAACAUUAUUCAACAGCAGUUUUGGUAAUCAGUUUAUCAUUUAGAUCAUUUAUUAAGCAAAAAUUUCAAAGGCUUUCUGGUUCCAGCUUGAUUUGAUGCUUAACUCUGUUUUAUAUAAUUGUAAAUGGAAUAUUUUUGUUUUGUUGGUACAUAGAAAAAUUAAUUAAAAAUAAUCAGUAAUUGCAAUGCAAGUGUAAAUACAUAAUUCUGCCCCCCCCCCCCCCCCCCCCAAAGCUGAACAGCAGUAUUAAACUCCUGCUCAACAUGAAAACAUGAGUGCAUUUAGGAAGCAGUCUGACACAAUGAGAAGAAUCAAUCUAUUUUUAUUACAUUCACAAAUCCUUCAUCUCCUAAAAUCCCAGCCUUCUCUUUAAGUGACUUUCCUGGCAGUGUCAUAAAAUAUGGAACAAUUAGUACUGCUGCAAAAUGUAGGACAAGUGUAACUAGAAAAUAUAUUUACGCGGAAAAUGCUUGUGAAUGCCGGCAGCUGAAAUAAAUCACAAAACAUUGCUGAAAA